AUUAAAGAAAAUUAUAUUUCAUUUCAUUAAAACCGAAUUAAAACCGUUACUUUGUUUGUUGAGAAAAUAAAAGAAACGUCAAGUCAAGUUCGUUAGAGAAGAGUUUAAUAUUUAGAUAUAAUCAACUCAAGUACUCUUUUGUAUAUUGGUUGUAUCAGUGUUGCCAUCGUGUUUUUUUUGGUAUCUUUAAACAAAUUUAUUAUAAUCGACCAAAAUGAGUAAAAAUGCCGAUUAUAGCGUAAAAGAAUUAUCUGAAAAUGCAUUCUUUGUUCAAAUUUUAUCUAACUACCCGAAUAUGUUCCAAAGGCCAAUUACAAAGUCAGAACGUGCCCGGCAAGAAUAUGCUCGUUAUGCAUUAACUCAUACUUUUAAUGAGAAAUGUAAAACAAAUUUGACAAUUAAACAAAUUUCACGAAAAAUCAACAAUAUGAAAGCUAGGUUAAAGGAUAAAAACGCUCGACAUUUACUUGGUGCAAAAACCGUUAAAUAUCAUGAUUGGGAGAGAUUGUUUUUGAAAUUGUGGACAGGGGUUGAUCAUUUUCCAUUGCAAUUUGGUGAUGAAACUGAAAACACGGAGACAAGUACUUUUCAAAAUGCAUUCAAUCCCGAAAAUAUUUCCUGUAAUUCAACAGAUUAUUAUUCUUAUAAAACAAAUCAACAAAAAUCACCAACAACACCACCAUCACCAACAGAAUUCAAAACUAAAAUUGAACCUGAAGUAAAUGAUAUUGAAAGUGUUUCAGAUGUCUCAAAUGCACCUCAUUGGAAAAUUGAAGUAGAUCGACCAGAAACAACAGAACCACCAACAGACGAAAAAGAAGAACAAUUCAAUGAUAUUCAUAACGUUGAUGAUGAUGAUGAUGACGACGAUGACGAUGAACGUGAUGAUUAUAUGGAUGAUGAUGAUUAUGAGAAAAUGUCAAUGGAGAAACUAAGACGUAUUGCUUUGAUUUCUCAAACAAAAAUGUAUAAAGCACAAGAAUCUGCUGCUAGAUCUAAGGAGAAAUUGAAUGAAUACAAAUUAAUGAUUUUGAAACGAACUCAUGAAGGAAAUUUACGGAAAUAACUUUUUAAUUUAUUAUAAGAAGUUUAGAUUUAAGGGUUAUUAAUUUGUGUACUUAAUUUUUGUCUAAGAAGUGUCAUGUUGUAACAAUUUUCGUCACAAGAAAA